AUGAUAAAUUCGAAGUUUACAUGCUCGCCAUUAGUUGAUGAUGAAUGCUUCUCUGCAACGUGGUCACCUACAGACGAGGAGCGUUGUCAGCUUAAGGAACUCCAAGAAUAUGAACGAAGAGGUACUGCUUUUGAACAAUUCCUUCAAUUCGGAUCUGGAAAGGAACCAAGCGUAGUAUUGGAUGAAUUUCUCUUCUUGGGAAAUAUACAUCAUGGAUCCAGUUUAGAUAUACUCGAACGAUUUAAAAUCGAACAUACCAUUAAUGUAAGUGAAACAGAUGUUAGUGACAAUUUCCCUCAAAAUCGUUUUGAUAUCGUUUACAUACCAAUAGAUGAUGAUAUUCGAACAAAUAUUAAACAGCAUUUUGAUCGUACCAAUGAACUGUUACAUAGCUAUUACAUGAAAAAUGAACGUUGUCUUGUUCAUUGUGCUGCUGGCGUUUCAAGAUCAGCAACUAUUGUCUUAGCGUAUUUAAUGAAAUAUCAUCAUAAUACACUUAAAGAAGCUUUUCAUUAUCUCGUUGAAAAACGUCCUCAAAUAUGGCCCAACGAAGGUUUCAUGUUACAAUUAUUACGCUAUGAAAAUGAACUAAUUAAAUCACGUGAAAUUGUAUUAACUUCAGAGAUAAUGAAAGUAACACCCCUAGUCAAGAUUACUGCGAUUGGACGUGAAUAUAGAGGUUCAACACCAGAAUGUGGAUGUUGUUGCUGGCGAUUGUUCAUAGCUGCUGAAAAUAAUUCUACAUUUUAG